GAAAGAGAAAGAGUAAAAAGAAGCAUUUUUUUCCAUUGAUUUAAGAAAAGAAAAGGUGGGAAAAAUCCAAAAAAGAUGGUAGUGUAGUCUUUGAUGCCUCAUGUUCUUUGUGCUUUUUGCAGCAGAGAACCUUUUUCCCUCAGGAGAGAUUUUAGUGCAAGUGUUGAAGCCUGUCGACCCUUAAAAAGUUGUCUUUAUUGGCAACAAAUUCAGAUGCAAAAGUCACUAUCUUUAUCAAUUUUUUUCUGAUUCUUCAUCUCUUUCUGUUCUAUGUAAUGGGUAUUUUAGGUGCUUAGCUUCUUCACACUGUGUGCAAAACCAACACCAACACCAACACCAACAUCAACAUGUCUGAGACUAACAAAGAUUCGGGUAUCAAGCUGUUUGGUCGGAAAAUUCUGGUGUCGCCGGAAUGUCAGAUUCCGGCUAACUCUGGACACACGGAUGCUUUCAGCAGCACAAAGAAAACACAAGUGGAAACACCUUGUGCAGAAUACUCUAAGCAACAAGAGAAUCCUUCUGAUUCAAGAGAUAUUAAAGAGGACUCUGAACAUAAUGUGAAGGAAAAUAAGCCAAUAGUGAAUUCCAAUCCUGUGGAGGAUAAUAUGGACACUGAUAAUGCUGAACAAGAUAAAAUCUUAAAGAAACCAGACAAGAUUGUUCAGUGUCCGCGAUGCAACAGCAUGGACACAAAGUUUUGUUAUUUCAAUAACUACAAUGUCAAUCAACCUAGGCAUUUCUGCAAGAGCUGCCAAAGGUAUUGGACUGCUGGUGGCACGAUGAGAAGCGUUCCUGUAGGCGCUGGGAGGCGGAAGAACAAGCAACUAGCCUCGCAAUUCCGGCACAUUAUAGUGAACUCUGAAGGAAUUCCAACCUCUAGGCUAGAAACCACAGGCUCAUAUGGUUACCAGCAGCACAUGUCAAGUGAUUUUAGGCCUUCAACAGAGAAUGGGACUGUGUUGAAAUUCGGUCCAAAUGCCCCUCUCUAUGAGUCAAUGGAGUCAAUGCUUAAUCUUAGAGAACAGAAAAGAAUUGCUGAUUCAAAUUCUUCCAGUUGUGUGGAAUAUGGAGAGGAGCCAUCCACAUGUGUUUCUUCAGUGACAAAUUCCGCUACUCAAGGAAAUGAAUUUUCAGAGAACAAUACAUCAAAUUUGUUGCAGUACCACCCUGUUCCUCCUUGGGUAUUACCAUGGAAUCCAGGUUGGAACAAUGUUGCUUCCUUGGGAGUGAUUCAUCAGUCUUCAUCACCAAUGUGUAACCCUGCAAUGCAAUGGUGUCCCGCACCAAUGGUGGCUAUUCCAGGCACUUGCCCAACUAGCAUUCCUUUGCAACAUGUACCAGCAUCAUACUUGGGGGGAACACCACUUUAUGCUGCUGGAACCGGGACAUUAUCGACCGGAUCCAAUGCUUGUGUUUCGCCAUCUUCCUCCACCACUACCAGUUCCUGCUCCGGCAAUGGCUCCCCAAUCCUUGGCAAACACACUAGAGAUAUUACAGUUUUCACAGAUGAUGAGAGAUCAGAGAAUUGUGUUUUGGCUCCAAAGGCCAUUAGAAUCUGUGACCCAAAUGAGGCCUCAAAAAGUUCUUUAUGGACUACAUUAUCUAUCAAGCCUGAUAAACUGCAUCAAUCUUUAUCAGAUGGUGGUUGUUUGAGGAAAAUUGAACCUAAAGGAGACGGUGAAGACCGUGUAUUAGGCGCUUCUCAAAUCUUGGAAGCCAACCCAGCAGCUAUUUCUCGCGCUCAUGCAUUCCAGGAAAGCACAUAAUGGAUUUUCUAGCUUAAAAUUUUCCAUUGACAAAUAUUUCUAGCUUUUGUUUCUCUUGCACAGAAUUUGCUUUACUUUGUGACAUCUAUUGUGUGAUUUCAUUUUCAAUGGUGUACUUAAAUUAAUGUUGAGCUAUGCUCUUUGAACAUGAUGAUUUUGGCUUUGAUACAACAAAUGAUAAAUUUACAGUGAUUAAUUUACUGCAAAA